AUUCUCGUCAUCGUGUCCGCUUCCAGACACACGGGCUGGAAGGACUGAAUAAGGAAAUCGAGAUGGAACUGGGUCGAAUUUCUUCUAGAAAUCUUGGUCGUGAUGACAGAGUUAUUGGUGAUCAUGGAAAAGAAGCAAGAAACUUCAGAAAGGACAUACUAGGAUUAAUUAGAAAUGUUAAGAUUGCCCAAAAAAGGAGCACCUAGAUUUGAUCAAAUUCAAGAUGAAGAAACUUACCUGGAGAAUUUAGCAGUACAGAGAAAUGCUUCUGCUUUUUUUGAAAAAUAUGAUCGGAGUGAAGUACAAGAGUUGCUAACUACUGCACUAGUUAGCUGGUUGUCUGCCAAAGAAGAUGUCCACUCUCAACUAGACAUCCCGUGUGGAAUUAUGAGUCAAAUAAACAGCGUAGCCUUCUCCACAGCAAUCCUGCUGACUCCUGUAGACCCUACUGCCCUCUUAGACUAUAGAGAAGUCCAUCAAAUCAUAAGGGAAUUGGCUGUUGGAAUUUAUUGCUUAAAUCAAAUUCCUUCAAUCAGUUUAGAAGCUAAUUAUGAUCAGAGUUCUUCUUGUCAAUUACCUCCAGCUUAUUAUGAUACCAGAAUUGGGCAAAUUCUGAUCAAUAUUGACUACAUGUUGAAGGCACUAUGGCAUGGAAUAUAUAUGCCCAAAGAAAAACGAGCUAGAUUCUCUGAAUUGUGGCGUACCAUCAUGGACAUUGAUCCAGAUGGGAAGCCUCAAACAAAUAGAGAUAUUUUUGCAGAGUUUAGUUCAGCAGGUUUGAUAGAUAUUACAAAGGAUCCAGACUUUGAUGGCAUCUAUGACGAAGACAUGAAUGAAGAUCCAACAUAUAAUCCCAAUAGCCCUGAAGAAAAAGCUGUAUUUAUGAAACAUGCUGAAAAUAUUCUACUGAAGUUGACAUUCAGUACCACACAAGUUCAACAGUGUGAAAAUGUUUUUAUAUUUGAAACAGCCUAUUGGCUUACUAAUGCUGUAAGAUAUAAUCAGGAUUAUCUUGACAUUUGUACCUACCAGAGAUUACAGCAAAGGUUAUAUCUUCAAAAAAAGAUUAUUCAAAAACACUUUGAGAAGAAAAAAGAAAUCAGGAAAGGGAUAGGAUACCUAAAAUUAAUAUGUUUUCUGACUCCAUUUCUACUGAGUUUAAAAAAGAAGAUGAAAGUUCCAUAUUUAAGUAGUCUGCUUCAGCCUUUUUCAGAUGACAAGGUCAAGACAGAGCGAGAAUUGCCUCCAUUUAUUUAUGGACGAGAUUUUAAAUGCCAGAAUUUUCACUACAAAGAGGAUCAGUAUUUUCAUGUUCAUGGAGGAAUUGAAUUUGAUAUCAGCACUCCUUCAGUCGAGAAUGCUUUGGAAGAUUUUAAGAACAAUUUAGAAAAAAUACGGGAUUGUGCUGCUAAUACAUUUGCAGAAGAUUCAGGAUACAAAGACUAUUACUCAAUACCAGUCAUGAAAUUAAAUGGAAAAAGCUACUAUGUGAUCAGUUUUGAACUUGAAACUUUCUAUCAGCAACUAUAUAAGACACAGUGGUGGGGAGCCAUAAAUGAAAUAGUGAACAAUCUGAGACUGAAAAGACUUCCACUGACAGAUGCUCAAUUACAUGAACAAUUUAAGAAAAAAUUUGGUUUCAAAAAAGCUAUGAAAUGCAAGAGUAUCCCAUUUGGUAUGAAGUCUGCUGUUGAAAGAGGAUUAUCUGCUGUUUUCCAUACAUUUAGCCGUAAAACUUCAAGUUCGACGAUCAAUGUUUCAGAUGAGGCAGGUUAUGCUAUUUUCCAUCAAGCUGCUCUACACAACAGAGUUCCAAUCAUAUGUCAACUGUGCAAUGCCAACUUCAAUGUCAACCAGAGACGCUUUAUUAUACUUAGCCAAGGUCCAACACCUCUACACCUGGCAGCACAGGCUUGCUCAUUAGAAACAACCAUCUGUCUACUUUGUUUCAAAGCUGAUUACACACUUUCUGAAAAAAGAGGCUGGAUGCCAAUUCACUUUGCUGCUUUCUAUGACAAUAUCUGCAUCAUAAUUGUUCUCUGUAGGAAGGAUCCUAGUUUACUAGAAGCUGAGGCAACAGCUGAGAAUCAGUGUACUCCACUGUUACUUGCUGCCACUUCGGGAGCACUGGACACUAUUCAGUACCUACUUUCUCUUGGAGCUAACUGGAGAAAAACAGAUAUUAAAGGAAAUAAUAUAAUUCAUUUAGCAGUGCUAACCUUUCACACAGAGGUUCUCAAGCAUGUAAUAGCGUUAAAUAUUCCUGAGCUCCCAGUUUGGAAAACUUUGGUAGAAAUGUUGCAUUGCGAAAGCUAUAAACGAAGGAUGAUGGCUGUCAUGUCUUUAGAAGUAAUCUGCUUAGCAAAUGAUGAAUACUGGAAAUGUAUUUUGGAUGCAGGCACCAUUCCUGCCUUAAUCAAUCUAUUAAAAGGUUCCAAAAUAAAAUUACAGUGCAAAACAGUUGGGUUAUUGAGUAAUAUCUCAACCCAUGCAAAGAUAGUGCAUGCUCUAGUAGAAGCAGGAGCCAUUCCAGCUUUGAUCAACCUACUGGUUUCUGAUGAACCCGAACUACACUCUCGGUGUGCUGUCAUUCUAUAUGAUAUUGCUCAACUUGAAAACAAGGAUGUUAUUGCCAAACAUCCAGUGGCCAUGGGAGAUCUCGCGUAUCCCUAUUUAUUUAACUGGUUCUUGAAUUCAUUUGAAGAUGUGUUGACAGCUGUAUCUUCUGUUACAAUUGCUGAGGUCGCACGUGACAAUAAGGAAGUUCAGGAUGCUAUGGCUAUGGAAGGAGCCAUUCCUCCUCUGGUGGCUCUUUUUAUAGGAAAACAACUUAGUGUUCAAGUGAAGGGUGCAAUGGCUGUGGAAGCACUGGCAAGUUACAACCCUGCUAUUCAGAGAGCAUUUCUGGAAAAAUCAUUAAGUAAAUAUCUUUUAAAACUCCUCAAGGCGUUUCAAAUAGACGUUAAGGAACAAGGAGCUGUAGCACUUUGGGCCUUGGCAGGACAAACACUAAAACAGCAAAAGUAUAUGGCAGAACAGAUUGGAUACAACUUUAUAAUAAAUAUGCUUUUAUCACCAUCAGCUAAAAUGCAGUAUGUUGGAGGUGAAGCAGUCAUAGCGCUAAGUAAGGACAGCAGGAUACACCAAAAUCAAAUAUGUGAAGGGAAUGGAAUUGCACCACUGGUUCGCUUACUAAGGAUUAGUAAAAUAGCUGAAGGAACACUUCUGAGUGUCAUCAAAGCAGUGGGAUCCAUCUGUAUUGGUGUCGCCCAUACAAGCAAUCCCAUUAGUCAACAAUUUGUUGUAGAAGAAAAUGCCUUUCCAGUACUUAUCCAACUACUGAGAAAUCACCCUUCUCCUAACAUUAAGGUUGAAGUGGCAUUUUCCUUGGCAUGCAUUGUCCUAAGGAAUGAUCAGUUACAGAACGAAUUACAAGAAAAUGAAGGAUUUAAUUAUGCUGAUGUCCUUUAUCUUCUUCACUCACAAGAUAAGGAUAUUUGUUUAAGAGCAGGCUAUGCGUUAACCCUUUUUGCCUUCAAUAGUCGCUUUCAACAAUACUUAAUAUUGGAAAGUGGAAUAAUGACCAUAUCAACUUUUGAACCUUUUCUUGAAUCAACAUUUGAAACUGAGAAGGCAAUGGCAGCUUUUCAGAUUAUUAUAUUAGCUAAAGUCAUUAUAGAUGUGGACCACAUUACUUUGACUGCAAGAGGUGUUACUAUUUUAGUUGAUAGUCUAUAUUCAGUUCAUUCCACUACUAUUGUCUUGACAGGGAAUUUAAUAGCUACCCUGGCUCAUUCUAGAGCUGGUAUUCCAGAAGCAUUUACCACAUUAGGGACAAUCCAACGGCUCUGCUAUCAUUUGUACUCAAGGCAAGAAGAGGUUCGCAUGGCUUGCUCCAGUGCUCUUGGCUACUUAACUUACAAUGCAAAUGCUUUCCGAAUCUUAUUAAAGGAAUGCAGGAAUAAGCCUAAUCAGUUCCUUCGUAUAACAAAGAAUAUCAGCAGAGAUGCAAGUAUAAACCCAGCAUUUUUAAAGGAAUUUCAAAUGCAACAAAGAGUGGGACUUCCUUCCUUAAGUCUGGAGAAAAAUGGAGGACCAUCCAUAAUUCCUGUCUUUAAAAAAGGGAAAGAGCACCGAAGAAAAUUAAAACCCAAAAUUCAACCAAGAGAUUCUUUGACUUUUAUACCUCCUGUAACUAACUUCAUGGGACUCUUCAAAACAAAAAAGGCCACUGUUUCUCACAAUAUUUUUUCCUUUUCAUCUGCAAUUUCAUCAGAUAUCACAACUGUAUCAAGACCAAGAAUAGUGCUGUUGAGCCAACUUGGGAAACAUGUACAGAAAGCUAAUCCGGAGCCUGCAGAAGGCUAA